AACGUCCAAUCGAACGGUGCUUUCGAAGUACUUUCAGCCCAAAACGCUCCCACAGCCAUGAAGUCCGCCGCCGUUGUUGCCGUUGUGCUGGCCCUGGCCGUCGUCUCGGAAGCCGGAGUCCUGCCGUGGGGCUGGCCUUACGCUGGUCUGCCGGCGGCCGUUCCGGUAGCCUCGUGGCCACCGGCCGCGAUCCACGCCGCCUACCCCGCUUACGCUCCGCAUGCUGCCUUCCUGGGUGCCCCGCACGCUGCGUACCUGGCCGCUCCCCAUGUCGCACCGGUUGCCGCCCAUCAUGCCGGAGUUGUGCCCGGAGCCACCUCCGUGACCGCUACCCGUGGUGCCGUCCAUGUGGCUCCCCUGCCGGGACACGCCGUCUCGCAGCAGCAGCUGAACCUGGCGCCGGCCCCGGGAACCAUCUAGGCGUGGUGCCGACCGCCCGCCCCGCUCCCGAGCCCGCAACCAAAUCCCACUGGAACACCGUACCGCCAUUCGUGCAAUAUGCUGAACAAGUGAUAACAUACUCAUUAGCUGCUAAGUAGUCGUUCGCCUGCGAUCCGUUUUCGUUUGUAUUGCUGCAAGAACUCGAAUAAAAUCUCAAAUGCGUGCAUGUA